AUGCCCAAGAACGGGGCCAAUACGUUCCAGUUCCCCCUGCAGGCUGUGAGUACCAGAAAACGAGAAGCGGCGGGGAUGGAGCGGGUUGACGAGAGAUGGGACGAGGAGGCCGUGCCAGUCGAGUAUGGGGUUGAAAGUCCGACGAUCCCGCCGCCCGUUGCAUUUGCGCCAAUGGUCAGGGGGAGCAUGAAUAGCGAUAGCACCACAGGAGCAAGGGGGACCCGGAACGAAAUGGACGAUGAUGAGGCGGUGGAAGGGUGA